GAAUAAUGCACGAGGAGUCACCGUGGGUUUUCCUGCACCAUGAAAAGCUGAAAAGUUGCUAAAUGGCACACAAACGUGUCAACUCAGCAAAUAUGUACUGGUUAAAACCUUACCAUAGAGAGACCUGUACAUAUUUUGAGGAGCGAGUAGUACAAAAACAUACGAAAUAUGUUGGAUUUCGUCGAAAUGAAUUAUUUCUAAUAUUUCAGCUUGGUUAUCUACUUUUAAAAAGUGUUUGUUUUUCUUUUUUUUCUUGUUUUUCUUUUUUCGUAGUUGUUGUUGUUGUCUUUUUUUCAUGCCACUUGUUUUAAUCUUACAAAAUUAUGACGACAGGUUUCUGACGAUGAUGUUGUAGAAAGACACAAUUCAAAGAAGCUACAGUUUUCCGACGAUGCUAGAAGAAAAGAUGAUGAUGAAAGGGCAAACGAAGAGUCGUGCAGAAAUCCUAUUUUUAGAUACAAAGUUUGGGACACUAUCUUCCUGUUCUGGAACACAACGACAAUGGGUUGGGUUUAUGGACAAAUGGGCCCGGCUCUGCCAGAUCUCCAGCUAAUAGCACGGGUACCGCUCCAGGAAGCCACAUGGCUUUUUACUGGGUUCGCCAUUGGCUAUCUCGGUGGUUGUUUGUUAGCAGGAUCCAUUCAGGACAGAUUCAAUCCACGACUGUUGUUGUUUUUGUACACACUUGGUACGGCGAUCACUAUAGGUCUGUUGCCAUGGAUACCAAUAUUUAUUGUCAUGGUGAUAAUGAGAGUCAUCAACGGAAUCUGUAUCGGAGGCCAAGACACGGGUCUUCACUCCAUGUUAUUUGCACUCUGGUCACAUGACGGAGGUCCAUUUAUCCAGAUGACGCACGUGCUUACUGCUCUAGGUGGAAUCAUUUCACCCCUUAUAACACAGCCUUUCGUCAGAGAGCCAACAGGUGUCCAACAACCUGCAAGGAAUUUCUCCUAUAAAACGCCAAAUACAACUCUGUCAACACUUUCCGACAACACAAUCAUUACACCUAGAACCAUUUUAAUUAGUCAGAACUCUAGCGGCGUCACAUACCCGAAUGUUAAUGAAGAAGACACUAAUGUUCAGUAUGCAUUUCUGAUAACAGGAGUUCUAGUGUUUACAGCAGCGGUUCCUUUCCUCGUUGCUUUUUUCCAAAAGCGUGUUUUGAAAAAGGCCACGCGUCAGUAUAGCAACGAAAGUGUUGAUAAAAAUAAGCUACCGAAAUUGAUAAAACAAAUAAUUCUGUGUAUUAUGUUCGUAAAUUCAUUCGUUGCAACCGCUUAUAUAGAUUUGUUUCCAAGUUUCUUGACAACGUUCUUAAUGAGUCAGUUAAACUGGACUCAAAAAGCGGCAUCUUCAGUUACAUCUCUGUUUUUCGGUAUGUAUGCUGUGGGUAACUUCAUUGGCGUCUUUAUUUUAGCCUAUAUUACACCCGCAAAACUGAUUGUUACGUCAUAUAUUUCGUCGGGAAUUACACUACUCGGUGUUUUACUGAGUGUUUUGUUUGAGCAGACAGAAUUGGUUUGGGUAACUGUGGCACUAAGCGGUAUCACGAUGUCUGGAAUAUUGCCAACACUCUUCACGUGGACACAGGAACAUGUGACACCAAUUACAGCUAGAAUAGCUUCGGGUCUCCUCAUUUCCGGUUCCGUCGGAGUAAUGGCUAAUCCACUAUUGCUUGGGUACAUGAUGGAUGUGUACUCGCCAAUGUGGUUUAUAUAUCUCUCUCUGGGAGAGACCGUUGUUUGUUCACUGCUAUUUGCAACAGCCUUUACCCUGUCUAGGUUAUAUUCUGCCCAAAGGAUCAAAAAGCAAGAAACUUCAAAAAUGGCUCUUAACAAAGACAGAAAGCUCGAAGACUUGGAGGAAAUACAGGGUAAAACAGAAAUAUAUCCGCGUGGAACUCUGUAUGGCGUCUAAUAAAGUGUAUUUAAAUUUCAGACUGGCUGCUUUUUUGUUAUGUAACAGUAUAUUCAUAAACUUUGUCAAAUAAAUUCUGCAAAAUCAUUGUUUGCAGCUCGCUAUUGAUGUUUGAAACUUUCGUUUUAACCUACAAUGAUAUUAAGAUAGUGUGACAUGUAGGAAAUUAAGUAACUAAGAAGCUGUUUGUUUCCGGAACUGCGGAGAGGAGACAACCUUUCUUCCGUCAACAUGAUUCAUUUUAUCCCUAAUGUUCGUAAUAACACAAGAUAAUUCCCGCGCGAUAACGCGCUUCCACGCGCACAAGGCUUUCCGUAAUAACCGGAAAAUGCCGAAAUCUCAUACGAAGAAUACGUUAUUUGCCGAAUGUAAUUACGGAUCCACUACCUUUUAUAUAAACAAAUCAAUAUACUCUGGAAAUGAAGAAUUAUCAGAAGAAAAAAUAGUAUACAUCUAGCUUUCUACAUAGAAUAUUUUAGAAUGGCGUGUUUCUAUUAAUGAACUCAACAGUUUAAAAUUUAUAUAUUAGUUACUUGCUUCAACAGUGUUUCGCGGUCGACUAAAGUUGGGAUGCAUGUAGCGGCAGCUUUAUAUUCACAUUAUAACCGUUUAUCCGUGCACUUUUUACGCAUGUGAACUUAAAUAGAUAGAAACAGUCCGCAGACAUAUCAGGGUUUCACAAUGCAAAAUUUCAUUGUAAUCGAAGAACCUUGAAAUAUAUUAGAAGCUUUAGAAGUUUCAUGAAGUCUAGAUAGCAUAGUUAAAUACCGCUCUAGAUUCCAACAUAUCUUAUGGAGAAAACAUGAUAAAGCUAAGACUGAAACAUAGAAAAAGUUUCCUUUACUGCGGAAUGGACCUCCUUGGACAUCUAAUUAACUGGCACUCACCUCUGCGUUCGAGCAUCGUGAGGAAACCUUUCUGCUUACGUCCUAUGUGCCCGGCCGUGUCUGGAAUAGUGCCCGAAGUGGAAGUCCUGGUCUUCAUUGUGCGAUCUGUGUUAGUUUAGUUUAUACUAACUACACACGUUCCUCCUCGCUAUUUUCCUUUGUAAACUUACUGUCCUUACCAUUGGACGAUUUAUUUCAUUUUCAUUUAAGUGUACUACUUAUAGACGUAUUUGCUAAGCUAUUUUAUUUGUAAUUGUUCAUGUAUUGAUUUGUGAAAUUUGCGUAUUUCCACGUUUGCUAUUGUAUUACAAUUUGUAUUUUUCAC